AACGUUCACCCAGGAAGUGCCUCGUGCUCCCGGUCCGCUGGAGCCCUAGUCCGUGUGCAGAGUCAGACCUGGUCCCUGCUCCGGUAGAACUCGUAGUUCCCUGGCGGGGGAGGGGGCACAGGUGAAUUAAUUACAGACCGCACGUGGAACCACAACCGUGGUGAGUGCUGUGAAGGGACGGGAGAACGGCCCGGAAAUGAGCACAGGAGGAGCCUCCCGGUUUGGACUGAGGCAGGUAGGGGAGGUGUGGCGGGGAAACGUGCCCGAGCGGGCGGAUUUCGGAGUUGCAGAUUGAAGAUGGAAUAUGAUUUCGUGGGUGAGGAGCCCUUUUCAAAGGCUAAAAAGGAGCUGCGAGUUCUGAAAGUCAACCAGAUGGACACGAACCACAUUGUCCCUUCUACCUGGCUGGGGAAAUGUCCGAUGAGGAGAUCAAAGAGAAGACACUAGCUUCAGCUGUGGCCUGUUUAGAAGGGAAGUCACCAGGGGAGAAAGCAGCAAUCAUACAUCAGCAUCUUGGUCGUCGAGAAAUGACAGAUGUCAUCAUAGAGACUAUGAAGUCCAACCCAGAUGAGCUGAGAGCUACAAUGGAAGAAAGAAAGUCUUCGGAAGCAUCCCCCGCUGCACCAAGAAGUAAAGAUCAAAGUAAAGAAAGCAUAAACACUGCUCCCGAUUCUCCAUCCAAACAGCUUCCAGACCAGAUUUCAUUCUUCAGUGGAAAUCCAUCAGUUGAAAUAGUUCAUGGUAUUAUGCAUCUAUAUAAGACAAAUAAGAUGACCUCCUUAAAAGAAGAUGUGAGGCGCAGUGCCAUGCUGUGUAUUCUCACAGUCCCUGCUACAAUGACCAGUCAUGACCUUAUGAAGUUUGUCGCCCCAUUUAAUGAAGUAAUUGAACAAAUGAAAAUCAUCAGAGACUCUACUCCAAAUCAAUAUAUGGUGCUGAUAAAGUUUAGUGCACAGGCUGAUGCAGAUAGUUUUUAUAUGGCAUGCAAUGGCCGCCAGUUCAACUCAAUAGAAGAUGAUGUUUGUCAGCUGGUCUAUGUGGAAAGGGCUGAAGUACUGAAAUCUGAGGAUGGUGCCAGCCUCCCUGUGAUGGACCUGACUGAGCUCCCCAAGUGCACGGUGUGUCUGGAGCGCAUGGAUGAGUCCGUGAAUGGCAUCCUCACCACGUUAUGUAACCACAGCUUCCACAGCCAGUGUCUGCAGCGCUGGGACGACACAACGUGCCCUGUUUGCCGGUAUUGUCAAACUCCAGAGCCAGUAGAAGAAAAUAAGUGUUUUGAGUGUGGUGUUCAGGAAAACCUUUGGAUUUGUUUAAUAUGUGGCCACAUAGGAUGUGGACGAUAUGUAAGUCGACAUGCUUAUAAGCACUUUGAGGAAACCCAGCACACGUAUGCCAUGCAGCUUACCAACCAUCGAGUCUGGGACUAUGCUGGAGAUAAUUAUGUCCAUCGACUGGUUGCAAGUAAAACAGAUGGAAAAAUAGUACAGUAUGAAUGUGAGGGUGAUACUUGCCAGGAAGAGAAAAUAGAUGCCUUACAGUUAGAGUAUUCAUAUUUACUAACAAGCCAGCUGGAAUCUCAGCGAAUCUACUGGGAAAACAAGAUAGUUCGGAUAGAGAAGGACACAGCAGAAGAAAUUAACAAUAUGAAGACCAAAUUUAAAGAAACAAUUGAGAAAUGUGACAAUCUGGAACACAGACUAAAUGAUCUUCUAAAAGAAAAGCAGUCUGUGGAAAGAAAGUGCACUCAGCUAAACACAAAAGUAGCCAAACUCACCACUGAACUCAAAGAGGAGCAGGAAAUGAACAAGUGUUUGCGAGCCAAUCAGGUCCUCCUGCAGAACAAGCUGAAGGAGGAGGAGAGGGUUUUGAAGGAGACCUGUGAUCAGAAGGAUCUGCAGAUCACUGAGAUCCAGGAGCAGCUGCGUGACGUCAUGUUCUACCUGGAGGCGCAGCAGAAGAUCAACCACUUGCCUGCGGAGACCCGGCAGGAAAUCCAAGAGGGACAAAUCAACAUUGCCAUGGCCUCGGCCUCAAGCCCCCCCUCUUCCGGGGGCAGUGGAAAGCUGCCCUCUAGGAAGGGCCGCAGCAAGAGGGGCAAGUGACCUUCACAGAAACAGGUGUCCCUGAGACUUUUCCCUGGCACAGUGAGGGUGUGCUGGGGCCUAAAUGUAAGGGUGGGCCCUAAAUAAGUACAAGUGAGGAUCAAGCUGCAGUUGUUUGGAUCUUUCAUUUGCUAGUGUUUGGUGUAAUGAAUGUAGAGGGUGUUGACGACUAGGAGAACUGAUGGAAAGGGGCAGAGUUUUAAAAGGUGGCUCCUUUUUUCAACCUAAUAGUUCACUAACCUCAGACAUUCUAAUGACCAUUUUGCCUUCCUACUUGAUCGAUGCCCCGAAUCUGCUGUGCAUUUUUCCAUUGUAUUUAUUGAGUUGUUUUUGACAUUCAUUUGUGGGGUCGGUGGGUAAUGUUCCCAGUACUAAAGCACCAAACCUCCCUGAGGUCAUAGCAACUGCCUUAGAGAGAGACUUGCAUUGGCUACUGAGGAUUUAUUAAAAUCCGGAGUAUUAGUCUCCUAUCAUUGUCAUCCCUCCCUGCCUCUGGGGAAUUGAAGGACUGGUUGGAUGUUAUAUGAAAAAGGCUGGGCCUGAAAACCUGGCACUGGCUUGUCUCCAGCAGCCAUAUCUUCUUGCUCUAGGGCUAGCCAGGAAAAACAAACAACCCGGGGCAGACUGAGUAGACCCAGUGUAGGAAAAAUGGUGGUGUUUCCACUUUGUUUAUUUUUGAUGACUCUACACCUCCCUAUGAACCUCAAAUAAGGAGGAGACUUAAUGGUGACUCCAAGACUGAAAUCUCAGAGUGAAUUUCCUUGCAUCUAGCAAGAAUGAGCAGGCAGACUUAUCAUCCAUGUGAAAAUGUAGAAUGAGGCCUCUGACUAGCUGAUUGUGUAUUUUGCUGGGAUCAGUAUUUUUUGAAUGUUUACAAAAGAUUGGGCUGCAUGUUCAGGUUGCGGCUAGAGGGAGCUUGGGCAGAUUUUCAAUUAUGCUUCCAAGCUUUAACCAAGGCUGUUUCUAAAUCUGAAAAUUAGAAUUUUAACAGAGCCCCCUUUAAAACAGUCAUGUAAUACUUGUUGUGGGCCAACAGAGGGGCUGUGUACUUUCUCUAGAAACAUAAACGUCAAAUAAUUUGUAAUAUGCAGUAAUGAGCAAAAUUAAAAUAAGAGCUGUUGGACUUUAGCUUCCAAAAGAGGUAAGCUGGAUAGGUUAAUAAGACAUACUGUUAAAUGAUGGGUUUGUUUUCUGCUUUAUAAUUAGCCAAAGUUUAAAUUGUCACAUUUCAGAAUUUUUUAGCCUAUGGUUAGGCCUCAUCCCCUUUGACCUAUUAGUCUUACAAGUUACUUGUUAGCACACCAACUGUACUCCUACUCACCAUCCAUUGUUGUGGGAUGUGCUGCAGCAUUUCCCAAAGAACCUUACAUGUAACUUUGCUAAAUGAAUGUACUUAGACAUUCUCAAUUUUUACUUAGGGCAGACUGACUGUAAGUCCCCCUUGGACUUACCAGAUAUCAUGGAUAUCUUAGAGCAAGAGUGGGAAUGUAAAGCAUAACCUAAUUCUCUUUCCUAUAGAGAUUCUAUUUUAUUUAAAAUCUAUUUUUACACUAGUUAGAAUCCUGCUUUUUUGGCCAAGUGCUUGUCUUGCAUGUCUGACCUUGCAGAAGCUGGGGUGGAUCGUAGCAUACUAAUGAAGAGAAUUACAAGUAGUUUACAAAGCUUGCUCCCUCCUCAUUUCUCCAUCAAGCAGCUCUACCACCAGCUGGGAGAAUGCAGAUUUUCUGUGCAGGUGGGAUAAAUGUUCUGAAAGGCAGUGCCCAGAGGAAUGAGUAAAUAGGCAAAUGUUUCCAAACUACUUGAAGGUGUCUAAAAAAUGUUGGAAAAAAUAAAAAUCUUAAAAUAUGUAAAGAAAGUGUUUUUUUUUUAAGUGGUUAAAGAGUUAUGUUUGAAUUUCACAAAAUUACAUAAGAUAGAAGCUGUUAGUGUUUUCUUCAGGGUGGAAAUGAACCACUUAACAUACCCACACUACCUUGAACAAUGAAAUUGCAUUAAA